CUAACGGUUGAGCCCGUGAUCUUUUUGUACGCCUAUGGCUUAUUCAUGGCAAUGCCAACAUUCCAGCAGUUUGUCUAUUAUAAAAUCAGYGAAUACAAUGGUUUUCCAUAUAAACCUGAACAAAGAGAUAAUAACGUUGGAUGUCCUUCAGGAAACUCCACCAACAUGACUCUCAAGGACCUGGAAGAUAAGGUCCAGUUACAGGCUUCUCGUUUUGACAUUGGAAGCGUCAUGUGUCUGUCAAUUCCUUCCAUUAUAACCUCUCUACUUAUUGGUCCAUGGUCAGAUACAGGGGGACGCAAGAUCCCCCUUGCCUCGCCUGUAAUUGGGGCGUCUCUGGAAGCUUUAAACACUAUCAUUGUGAUGUAUACGGAGUGGCCUUUGUACGUCUUGCUUGUUGGCUCUGCUAUGAAUGGAUUCUGUGGAUUCUUCACCGUCAUGACACAGACAUCAAUGGCGUAUAUUGCAGAUACAACACCUCAUGGCAAAGUAGCUAUACGAAUGGCUAUCAUGCAACUGAUGAUUCUUGUUGGUGGGCUUGUCAGUCAAUUAACCAGCGGUCUUUGGAUCAAAAAGUUUGGUUUCAUCCCUCCUUAUUGGUUCAUUUUGGCGUGUGAAGUCGCGUCAGCUCUCUACGUCAUUUUCGUUGUUCCCGAGUCAAUCACCAAGCCAACSGAAAAAAAACACAGAGCUCGAUUUUUCAGUCUGACAAGCUUCAAGACAAUCUGGAAAGUGUACCGAGAUCCAAGAGAUGGUUAUCGAAGAAGCUUGUUUUUGUUGUUGAUUGGAGAUGGCAUUGUCAGCCUGGCGACGAUGGGAUUAAGYGGCGUGAUUUUAUUGUUUGUCUUGAGGUCACCUCUUUGUUGGUCUCCUACAGUACUGGGUGUUUUCAUGGCUUUUCGAUUUCUCACGCAGGGAAUUGGUGGAAUUGUUGGUAUUGGUGUGCUCAAGCGUUGCYUCAGUGAUAUUAACAUUACAAGAAUAGGACUGACAUCUUUAAUCGUCUCACUGGUCUUGUUUGCCUUUGCCAACAAAACGUGGAUGGUGUUUCUUGUUCCGUUGGUGGGAUGUCUCAAUGGUAUGGUCUCACCAAUAAUGAAAGGAAUGAUGUCUAGAAUAACAAAACCUGACGAAAGAGGUACCACUUUUUCAGCGGUAGCUGCCAUUAGCACAUUGUGCAAUUUCUUAGGAGCGUUUAUCUUCAAUCCAAUUUACAUACGAUCUUUAACUUUUGGCUUCCCUGGUCUUGUCUUUUUGAUCAGCGCCGUCUUGGCUCUCUGUCCUUUGAUAAUGAUGAGUUUCAUAAAAAAUACUCAGUAUUUUGAAGCGCCAACAAGCGAUGCAGACACGGCAUUCUCAGAAGAGGCCAAUGAAAAAURCAACCAGAAUGAAGAAAUGGCAUUGGAAGACAUAAAYAUCAAGGACUCCAUCCCUGAAGAGACUGRUGGAAAUGACAAGAAGAAAAAUGAAGUUAWUCAUGAAGGUGACACGGAAAAUAUUAUUGAAAAUAGCGAACCCAACGUUGCUUGCUGAAAUCAGCGAGUCCUGAACAUUARAUAUUACUUUUUYCGAUUGUUYAUCAAACAGAAGACUUCCUAUUGGUAAUAAUGAGAUUCGUGGUUUUACUUUUGUUAGCUGUCUUGCAAAUAUAUACGCAGACGGCAUUCGCKAAAUAURGAGGGCCUGUAAGUACCAAGAAAAYURMAUAGAUAUAUAAAKGGCGUAAAGGGAUAUAUAAGCACAGAAUUAUCCGUUAAUCUCAGUUGUUCCUAUAGUCAUUYCCAUAAUACUAUAGCAAGCAGUGGGUUUCGUAAUGUUUUAAAGGAUGAUGACGACAUUAUAACACUGUAAAAAAGUGAGCGUUAGUGAAACUUCAUGGUACAAACAUCCGUAUUUUGAUGAACUGUGUUUUUUUUAAAUGCGCAGGUGUGAAUAACAAUGUAGAAUAUGGAUAUACAUAAAGACGUGAUAAGAGGUGA